AUGUUCCAGGGCCAAGCUUAUGGCGAUGAAGAGAACACUCUUGAUGCUGGCUUAGGUCGCCAGAGGAAGAAGAUGGAGGCUAAGGUGACAAUGGGGACCAAUUCGAAUGAGAACUUUGGGGAAGUGAAGCCGAAGCGCUCUGCAGAGGUGGCGCUUCAAAGAUGGAGGAACCUGUGUGGAGUUGUGAAGAACCCGAGGCGAUGGUUUCGCCUCACUGCCGAUCUCUCCAAGCGCAAUGAAGCUGCUGCUAUGCGCCGUAACAAUCAGAAAUAUGCAUGCAUGUUCCAGUACCAAGCUUGUGAUGAUGAAGAGAACAGUCUUGAUGCUGGCUUAGGUCGCCAGAGGAAGAAGAUGGAGGCUAAGGUGAAAAUGGGGAGCAAUUUGAAUGAGAAUUUUGGGGAAGUAAAGCCAAAGCGCUCUGCGGAGGAGGCGCUUCAACCCUGUCCGAACCUGUGUGGAGUUGUGAAGAACCCGAGUCAAUGGUUUUGCCUCACAGACGAAGAUCGGAACAAAGGUAUUCAUCAAGAAUCUCCGCAGCCAUCGCCAUCGUCGACGAUAGCUUGUGCUCCUUGCCCGCAAGAACCUGUACCAGGCCCUGACUAUAAACAAUCCCAUUGUGUCAUUGAUAUAGCUGACGUGCAGAUAUGCUUAACAGAUAUUACCUCUGUUGCUGGGGAGGAGAAAGAGGCAGACGAAGAUCGGAACAAAGUUAUUCAUCAAGAAUCUCCGCAGCCAUCGUCAUCGUUGACGAUACCUUGUGCUCCUUGCCCACAAGAAUCUGCACCAGGCCCUGACUCUAAACAAUCCCAUUGUGUCACUGAUAUGGCUGACGUGCAGAUAUGCUUAAUAGAUAUUACCUCUGUUGCUGGGGAGGGGAAAGAGGCAGACGAAGAUCGGAACAAAGUUAUUCAUCAAGAAUCUCCGCAGCCAUCGCCAUCGUCGACGAUACCUUGUGCUCCUUGCCCACAAGAACCUGUACCUGCCCUUGACUCUAAAGAAGCCCAUCAUGGAAUUGAUAUAGUUGACAAGGAGAUAUGCUUAACAGAUAUUACCUCUGUUGCUGGGGAGGAGAAAGAGGCAGACGAAGAUCGGAACAAAGUUGUUCAGAUUAUGAAACAGAAAAACUUGAAUUCUCUCAAAAAACUAGGUGGCGUUCACAUGGUUGCAAGUCUUCUGGGUUCUAAUUUGGAGGCGGGAAUUGAUGCCAGCCAAGACCAGCAAGUGCAGUACUGGAACCCCAACGAUAGCCUUGAUCUUGGAAAAGGUUUCUUCUACUUCUUCUUACGGGCCCCUAACAGAUGGACCGUUCUCUUGCUCUUGGUCGCAGCUGGGCUUGCCUUUGCUAAUGAUAUUAAGGCGCUUCAUGGACUUAAAAGGUGGCAAGAUGGGGGUCCUAUACUCAUUACUGUGGUCCUGCUUGUUACAUUCUCUUUGGUAGGGAACUUUUACCAUGAAAGGAAGAGGGUGAAGAAAGUGUUAAAGAAUAUUAGGGAAUUUGAAGUGACUGUUGUCAGAAGUGGAAAGCCCCGAUCGAUUGCCAUUUCUGAUGUUGUGAAGGGUGAUAUAGUGAGGUUGAAGAAGAAUGAUCGUAUUCCGGCUGAUGGUUUGUUUGUGCGAGGCAAGAAUUUUAAAGUGGAUGAGGUCUUCAACUCCAAAAUUAGUUGUGAUCAGAACCCGUUUCUUUUCUCAUGUUCAAAGGUUGUUGAACUUGAGGACCAAGGUACGAUGCUUGUAACAUCAGUCGGUAAGAAUACAGCUAUGGGUGAAGCGCUGAGCUUGGAGCCUAAUGAGAAGACUCUGUUACAAGCUCGGAUUGAGAAAGCAAUUGAUUUUGGUGAAAUGUUUUCUCUUUGUGUCACUGUGCUUAUUAAUCUUGUGUUGUUAAUUCGCUUCUUAUGCGGAAAACACAAUGACAGUAAACUUUCGCCAGAACUUAAGGGGAAUGUUUCGGUGGACAGGCUGAUGAAUAUCUUUGAGAGAAUUUCCCUUAAAUCUCUAGGAAAGAUUGGGAAUUUGACAAGUGCUCUCACAGCUAUCGUAAUAGGAUUACAACACGGAAUGCCUCUUGCGAUUACAGCCUCUCUACACCACUGGAACAAAAAGGUGAAGACAAAGGGGGUAGAGCUACGGAAUUCAUCAGCUUGUGGCAUAAUGGGGCUGGCAACAAUCUUCUGCAUUGAUGCAACUGGUGGGCGGCUGAUGUGUAACCCAGUGGAGGUUUACAAUUUUUUUGUUGGCGAGAAAGAUAUCUGCAAAGGAGUGAACUCUGAAACAAACCAAGUUGUUGUUGAAGCUUUGCAUCAGGGAAUUGGUGUGUCAGUUCUUGUGCCUGAGUUCACUGUUAUCCCGACCAUCAAUUCGCUUAUUUCCUUGCUUGAGUCAAAAUGGGAUCUGAAUAUGGAAGCUUUUGAUCAAAGUUUUGAGAUUCUUGAGUAUACAAAAUUGAGCUUUAUCAAGAAAGCUAGUGGCGUUUUGAUGAGGAGAAAAGGUAAUGAUGAAAAAUUUCAGCACUUGCACUGGUGUGGGGCUACAUCGACUAUACUAGAAAUGUGCUCACACUACUAUGACUGCGGAGGUCAAACUCAUGCUAUGGAAGGUACGAAAAGAAAGUUUGAGCAGAUGAUUAAAGAUAUGGAGGAUGGUGGUCUUAGACCCAUUGCAUUUGCUUAUAAGCAAAUUGAGGACCAAACACUUAUAGAAGAAGGGUUGAACUUGUUGGCACUAGUGGGUCUGAAAUACCCAUGUCAGGAAAAGAUAAAAUCAGUAGUGGAAAGUCUUAUAUUUGCUGGAGCAUGUGUCAAAUUGGUAUCAGAGGAUGAGCUCUCAGCAGGGAGAGCAAUAGCUUGUGAAUUAGGAAUCUUUACCCCUGGUUCAAAUGAUGUGGCACUUAACGGUGAAGAAAUUCGAGAACCGAUUAGAAGUGGAAUGAUGGACAAACUGGAUCUGGGUACUGUGAUAGGAAGUUGCUACCCUGAGGACAAGCUUUGGAUGAUACAUGAAUGGCAAAAAGAAGGUAACACAGUUGUUUUCAUUGGAGGGUUGACCACAGCAGACACCCUAGCUUUAAAAGAAGCCGAUGUAGGGAUCACUACUCGGACUCGGAGCACUGAAUUUGCAAGAGAGAGCUCUGAUAUUAUUGUCGAAGAUUUUGGUUCAUUAGUCGAUAUUUUGAAGCUUGGCAGAUAUGUUAACUACAACAUUGAAGAGUUCAUUCAACUUCUGGUCACCCCUUGCUUCUCUGGGUUUAUGAUAAACUUAAUAACCACAUUGUUUUCUGGAGCAUCCCCAAUAACAGGACCUGAAAUGCUUUGGGUGAAUUGCAUUAUGUGCCUUAUAGGCAGCCAAGUGCUGUUGAUGGAGUUAAAAAGCCAGGAUGAACUGCUAACCCAUAAACCAGCUAAAAGGACUCGACCACUUAUAACCAAGGCAAUGUGGGGAAACAUUGCAGUUCAAGUCAUAUACCAGGUUUCAGUCUUGCUGAUCUUUCAGUUUAAGGGAGAAACCAUGUUCAGCAUGAAUGAUGAUGUCCAGAAGACCAUGAUCUUCAAUAUGUUUUCCCUAUGUCAGAUCAUUAAUCUGUUCAAUGCCAUUGACCUAGUAAAGAAUGAAGUGUUGAAGGUGGUUGUUCGCAGCUAUGGCUUUUUGGUCACUUUGACUGCUGUUAUGACCAUGCAGGUGGCGGUGAUUGAUUAUUCGGGUAUUGCAACCAAUUUUGUGAGGUUGAACGCGGUACAGUGGGCUUCAUGUGGUAUUGUUGCUGCACUUUCGUGGGGGUUCGAGUUGGCCUUAAAAUCGCUUCCAGAUAUGUUCAAAAAAUGUUACUCUUUGGUUUCGAUAUCAGUUGAUUCAAAUUAUGGGUUCUCGAAUAGGAUGCCUAGACAUUAUGUUUCCCAUUUGGGUAUCCCAUUUUUCAUGCUCAGUCUCUACGCGUUCGGAGUUUUCGUUAUAGUUAAACAGCACGGAAAUCUUCCAGUGGCCUUAUAA